AUGAUCCCUCCGCUGGAGCCUAACGCUUGGGCUCAUAUUGGUCAUGCUUUGGUCUCUUUCGGUAUGCAGCAAAAAGGCAGUCGGUUGGGAAGAAGGUGCUGCAUCACACGACAGCGUGGACCUCCAGAUACAUUAUCAUCAGUUUUUUGCAUGUCGUUCGAUCGUUUAUCUGGUAAAUGCUCGGUCUUUGAAAAAAUGCAAAUUUCCAGUUCACUGAAAAGUGAAUAUGUUGCUCCGUCGUUCGUCAACAAAUCCAAAUUAACAAAUGAGUUCAUUCACGUGUUGGAAGAGGAUGAGGGCGGUCGUUCGCUGCAAUAUGCAUUGGUUUCCGAGUUUGCGGUAAAUUUGUCCAACGUACAGGUGAUAGAUUAUACUUUAGCGUGCCAAAUUCACAAACGGUACUACACGGUUGCAUGCUUUUGCUUCCGCCAUUAG